AUGAAUUCACCUUCAGUUUCAAUCCUCCUCCUCCUCCCACUCUUCGUCACCGCCGUCUCCGCCGCGGACGACGGCGCGUGCGGGGCCGAGACGUCGAGCUCAUGCAACGACAAGUCGGGCGCCCUGUCCCUGAAACUGAUCGCCACGUUCUCCAUCCUGGUGGCCAGCGUGAUCGGCGUGUGCCUCCCGCUGACGACGCGGUCGGUGGCGGCGCUGAACCCGGAGAGGAGCCUGUUCGUGGUCGUGAAGGCGUUCGCCUCCGGGAUCAUACUGGCCACCGGGUUCAUGCACGUGCUGCCGGACUCCUUCGACAUGCUGUCGUCGACCUGCCUGCCCGACAGCCCCUGGCACAAGUUCCCCUUCACCGGCUUCGUCGCCAUGCUGUCGGCUCUCGUCACGCUCAUGGUGGACUCCAUCGCCACGAGUUUCUACAGCGGCAAGUUGAACAAGACGGCGGCUGGUGACGGCGCCGUGGAGGGCGAUCGGGAGAUGGGAAACGCCGUCGUUCCGGUGGAUGCGGAGGAGGGUAACGGCGGCGGGGGUGGACGUGGACAUGUUCAGCACCACGGGCAUCAUCAUGGAGUGAAGGUUUCGAAUGACGAUGGUGCCAAACAGCUAAUGCGGUACAAAGUUAUUGCCAUGGUAUUGGAAUUGGGAAUAGUAGUUCACUCGAUUGUGAUAGGAUUAUCAUUGGGAGCCUCCAACAACACUUGCACAAUCAAAGGGCUCGUGGCGGCCCUUUGUUUCCACCAAAUGUUUGAAGGGAUGGGGCUCGGUGGCUGUAUUCUCCAGGCGGAGUACAGCAAAGCUAAAAGGGCGAUAAUGGUGUUCUUCUUCUCGACCACGACGCCGUUUGGGAUCUUGGUGGGGAUCGGGAUGUCCAAGACUUACAAAGAGAACAGCCCGACCGCUUUGAUAACGGUGGGCCUGCUGAACGCGUCGUCAGCUGGGCUUUUGAUCUACAUGGCUUUGGUGGAUCUUCUGGCCGUGGAUUUCAUGGGCCCAAAGAUGCAGAGCAGCAUCAGGCUUCAGUUGAAGUCGUUCGCGGCUGUUCUGUUGGGGGCCGGAGGGAUGUCGCUCAUGGCUAAAUGGGCUUGA